AUGUCUCGAAAUUGCGAGCUAUUUAUCGACUGCCCGGCAGAAUACUGGGAUGCACUGGGCUUGCAGCUCCGCACCUACCUGAUCGCCAGCCUGAGCAACACGCGUCGGGGCGACCGGAAAUACGCUUAUAUGGAUACUCCCGAAUUCGAUGUGGAACACGAGCGAAUUCGCUGCUGGUAUCAGCGCCAAGUCCCGGCAACCAAACCCGUUAAUCUG